GAUUAAUUUUCGACUUUUCUUCUUUUUUUGUGAAUUUCGUGAAAAUGAUAUGUAUAUCUCGUGUUACAUAAGGAUAUCUUUACGGUUUUCUUGGACCUUAUAAAAAAUGAUAGAACAUAGGAAGCUAUUAUUGCUACAUGCGCACGACUCCUUUUUUUUAUUUCAAGAUACGGCAAACACGGUAAUUCUCUUAUUCAGCAACAAGACGCCAUUAGUAGCAAGGUCGCCAUAACGGUAUAUAUAUUUCUGUAGAAUCCAUUAACGCCAGAGAGAUCGAAAUAAUCGUUCGCUUUAAGAUCACCGUAUCGAUACUAGAGUUAAUACAACAGUGUUUAAUUUAGUCCGUUUCUCUGUAAACAGGAAGUGGCGAAAACGCAAACACUGCUUCUCUUCGUUCAGCUAUCACGGCCGGUAUCACGACGCGACGUGGAGAUAUGACGCGUCCGACAAUUAUCUUUCCCUUUUAUCGAAGAAAAAAGAAAAAACCGGGAGAGGGGCGGGAGGGGGAGGGGAGAAAAGGAGAGAAAAACGGCGCCAACUUUUACCGUAAUCGCUGCCCCGCAAUCAAUGCCGCCUCCUUUGUCCGUCGCGCCAGUUCGAGUAUUCCGCGAGGUAAAACCAGUUCUCGAGUUAGUGCUUUAGCUUAGGCUCGAACGCGCGGCGCGCGUACGUCAGGUUGCCGCCGCCGCCAACGACGACGCCGCGCGCGUCGUGGAGAUCUGCAUUCGCGAAAAGCAAUGCGACUAUGGAAAAACAUUAUGCUAAUAAUCGCGCCGUCGUAGAAGGCUACGAAGGUAGUGAAAGGUAGUCUUCGAGGCCGGGUGAAGAAGGACGAAGAAGAAGAAGAUGAUGAUGAUGAUGAGGAAGAAAGGAGGAGGAGGAGGAGGAGGAGGAGGAGUACUGCGGGAUAAAAAUAGCACGAUACUGUCGAAAAAUAAAAAAGUAAUGAUGCGAACCUGCAGAAUGACGAUCCCAAGAGCCAGACUCGCCGAGCAAGGAGGGGAGCAGAAGAAGGAGCACCAAGGAGCAUGCACAGAAGCGGAGGAAAAAGGUCGUUGUCUAAAAGGAAGAACAGGACUCGUCUUUGGAGGAGGAAGAAGAGCGAGGACUGAAUUCUGUACCUUUCUGGCUCAACGUAUAUACGGCAUUUUGAUAAAAUACCGUUGACGAUGGUGCUAACAGGCAUAUAUGAUGAAUUUUCGCGACAACGUUCUCUCAAAAUGGAAGAAAUAAUCUUAAAAUCUUUAAAUUCUCGUCCUCUCGCGAUAUUCAUUAACUAUCUUAUCAAUUAAUGUAAAAUAAUAAUUUUAAUAUAAUAAAUAGAAGCUUUAUUUUUACAAGAAUUAUAUACGAUUGUUUCUUCCUGUCUUUUAUUGCGUCUUAUCUCAGCAAAGAUCAGAUUUCCGUUGUGUGUGAGAGAGAGAGAGAGAGAGACCGUUGCAGUAUAUCCCUGUGGAUCCAGCGAGAUCCUUGAAAAUCCCUGAGGAUUUACGGACCGGCAGAUAUUCUCAGGAUCAUAUUUGCGACGUGCACAAGAUGUUUGUGGUACCUAAGUCGUCUUCGGGAAUCGCAUUGCGUCGUGUCGCGCCAUCGCGUAACCCGCGAUGGUGGGAGCCGAGCAAGCGGUGGUUGUGCAUGCGAUAGAAGAAAUCUCCCACCCUCUCGGUGAUCGUGCGCUGGAUCACGCUACUCGACCUGUCUCCACCUCGUAGUCUCGCCGCGGUGUACCAAGAGCACCUCCGUGUGGCGGCUCAGUUAAAAGUCGGUAUUGCCAAGGAGUCGGUCAGUCAGCCGGUCAACCAGCCAGCCAACCAGUCAACUCGAAGAAAACAAUCCUUACAUGCAUACCGUAACGUGCACACCGGUCCUAUAAUGGCGCGACGUGAUGACCGUUUUGGUACGAUAAAAGUUGAGGGCAACCUUCGGGUGUUCCUGCGCCGGUUCGAGAAGAGCUGAGAAAAAAGAAAAAGGAGUGGAACGGGUUCUCUGGUGCCAGUGUGCAGUCUAGUCCAAGACACAGGAUGAUAGCGAACGUCCGAUGAGUAUCCUGCUUCCCGUUGCCCUCCUACCAGAGAGAAAGAGAGAGAGAGGAGAGCAGAAAUAAAGAGAAUCAUUCUCCGCGGGUGACUGAGCUUCGCCACCUCCAACCUUCGCCUACCACCACCAGCGACAAGAAGAAGAGAUGUCGAAACGAGAAGAAAUGUCUACCAGUCGAGAGUCGCACGGGACCAGCACCGCGGUAGAAAAAAGCAUGUCGACGAGAAGGAAGGCGAGGAAGAUGAAAACGAUCCCGCCGGACGGCGGUUGGGGCUGGGUGGUUCUCUUCUCUGCCCUCAUCGUCAACUUUCUCAUCCCCGGCACCGUCAAGUCCUUCGGCGUGCUCUUCGUCGAGUUUCUGCACGUCUUCAAGGCGUCCUCCACUGCAGCCUCCUGGAUGCCGGCGUUAUGCUACUUUCUGUAUAGCUCGUUAGGUCCUUUGUCUAGUAUCCUGUCGAACAAGUACUCGUAUAAAACGGUGACUCUGAUCGGCGGCACCUUUGCGGCCAGUGGGAUGAUGCUAAGCUACUUCGCCAAUUCAGUUACUUAUCUUUACGUCAGUUACGGUCUCAUGGUCGGGAUCGGCGCUGGAUUAACAUUUCCACCGACGGUGUACAUCGUUACGCAAUACUUCGUGAAGCUGCGAGGGGUGGCGAACGGUCUGUGCAUUUCCGGUAGCGCGAUCGGCACCAUAGUGCUACCACCGUUACUGCAAUACCUCUUGGACUUGUACGGAUACAGAGGGGCGGUACUCAUCAUGGGCGCGAUCACCCUGAACACGCUGGUCUGCGGUCUUCUGUACCAUCCGGUCGAGCAGCACAUGAAAGUCGUGCCCUUGGACGAGGGCAUCGAUAACGAGGCGCUAACUCUCGACGAGUCCGUCGGCGGGAAACAGGAAUCUGAGAAAACGGGAGACGAUGCGAAGGUGUUCGGCAACGACGAACCGAUACGCAGGUUCUCGGAAUUUUCACACAACGUGGUACUAGAGUCAAUCACCGAGAAGGCAUCCCGCGAGCCUGAGAAGAAACCGGACUGCAAGGUUAACGAUACAGUCCUGAGGCUGCGACACGACGUCGUUAAGGACAACAAGGAGUCGCUGCGGAUGCAGGAGGAGACUCCAAAUACGAACGAGUUUCACAUGUCGAUUCGUCCGAGUCUUGCGAAGGAAGAUGAUGACGGUUCGAAUUGCAAUACGCCGAGUUUGUCGCGGCAAGGUAGUACCAUUACCGAGAAGGACGAUAAGUCGCAAUUGGAUUCUUUGUCGAGAGUCGGAGAGAAUCAGAAAGAAGAGAGCAGGAUGCGCUCAGUCGAGGAGCUUAAACGAGACAACGUGCGAUCGGCGAAGACGCAAGAGAAGCACGACAAGUCCGAGAAGGCGCCCUUCUUCGAUCUGAGCGUGCUGAGGGAUCCCAUUUACCUAGUGAUUCUCAUCUCCAAUUCCACGUCGGCCAUCAGCAAUACGAAUUUUAUGAUCCUAUUGCCAUCCUACGCGAUCGCCGAAGGCUUUGACAAGAACUCGUCGGCUCUGCUCCUGUCUAUAGUCUCGGCGCUGGAUCUGGUCGGCAGGAUCGGCGGCGCGUCCCUGUCCGACAUUGAUUUCAUGCCCAAGUAUUAUUACUUCGUGGUCGGACUCGGGACCAGCGGGAUCGCCCUGGCGUUGCUGCCGAUGGCGACCAGCUACACCAUGCUGUCGUUCUUCUGCGGUCUCUUCGGUCUGUCGUCGGGCAUGUACAUCGGCAUCACGACGGUCAUCCUCGCGGACAUGUUGGGAACGGAGAAGCUCAGCUCGUCCUACGGGAUAUCGCUGUUCGUUAAUGGCGUGUUGCAGCUCGUCGGACCGCCCGUUUGCGGGGUCAUCUUCGAGAACGUGCUGUCGUACAAGCCGAUCUUUUUGGCCUUUGGAAUUAUUUUGAUUUUGGGUACCGCGCUUUGGGCAGUGGUGCCGCUCAUCAAUAGAAAUAAUAAGAAGGACGUAGAAGCGAUAUAGAACAGGCAAUUUGUAGGCGCUGUCGGCGCUUCGAUCAAGAUUUCUCGAAGAGUCGAUUUAAAUGAGCGUUCAGCAAAAGACUUUAUAAAUUAAAAUCGUGAUGCUUAGAUUGUUGGAGAUUCAACAACAUUCUUUAGAUUCUUUUAAAUUGUGGAACAACGAACAAUUGAAUCGUUGCAUAUUUCUAGGCAAAUUUGACACUUGUGUCUUUUAAGAUAUAGGGAUAUUCCUCUAGGAAGGAAAUUUGGGAAAGCUCGUAAAUUUUUUAAAAUAUUAAACGAAAUUUUAGUGAAAUAUCGAGCUUUGAAUUUCUACGAAUCCAGCACAACCGUGUACAUAAUAAUUAUCUACGCAGCAGAUAUUUAUCAUUACGACAAGUGUUUUUCACGAUUCGUGCCAUUAUUGCUACAUAAAUUGUCAUGUAACGAAGGCUUGUAUAAACUAAAUGGCUAUUAUUGUUUUAUUGAACAAUAUUUUUAUACUCUAGAAACAUCUGCGAUAAAUUGUUUAAGAUGAAAGGAAUCUCUAUUCUUAGAAAUAUUAUGUAUAUUAGUAAUAAAUUUUAUAUGCUACCCCCCCAAAAAAUAAACAUUUUGUACAAAAUCUUUGCAAAAAUGCAAUAUCAAUAUUAUAUGUUUUUAGUGUUUAUUAAAUACCUCCUGGUUUCUACGAGCCUUUCUGAAACGUGUAUGUACAUAUCAAGCUAUGUUAUUGCUUGAUUCGUAGCCUAACAUAAGUUUAUUAAAACUAAGUUAAGUUUGUUAAAAAUAAUUUUUUACUGCCAGUAACAAAACAGUAUCAUUGUGAAACACCUAUAAACUUGUUUUACGAAUAAAAAUAUCUAAAAUGUUAGAAAAGACGUAGAUAAGAAUAUGUUACAAGAGUUCCGUUAGACGACUUUGUGCCAAAGUGAUCAGGAAAGUUUCUAGUAGUUCAAAUCACAUUCUGUUAGAGGCAUUUAAUUAUUAAAUUAUAAAAUGAUCAUGAGUAUAUUGGAUAUUAUAAUAAUGUUGAGUAGUCGGAAAUAUGUAAUGAUAUAUAUAAGUACGUAAUUAGAUCAUGAAGACCAUAAUGUAACAGUAGAAAGUUUAAUAUUUCUGUAGAAUAUUCUUUACGUAUUAGAAUCAAUAUUUUUCUUCUUUUCUCUCUUUCUUUUGCUAUUAAUUCGUUUUAUUUAAUCUAAUAUAACUCUAGAAAAGAUUUUUUAUUAUCUUCGUAAACAAUAUAAAGAAUGUCAGUGCCGUAAUAUACAGAGAAUAUAGAAGAUAAAGAAACAUUUUGAAAUAAAUAAUAAAUAUCUUUUU